AUGACGACGGUGGCUUGUGGGAUGAGACCAAAGAACCUGCAGCAGGGCGCCGCCGAGGAGGAGCCGCCGCCGUCGGGGGGCCCCGGCGCCUACCGGGAGGUGUGGCAGGUGACGGUGAAGGCCAAGGGCCUGGGCCAGAGCCGCCAGCUGACGGGCGUGCACCGGCUGUGCCUGGCGGCGCGCACCGUGGGGCUGGUGCGCCUCCACUGCGCGCGGCCGGGCCUGACGCUGCAGCUCAUGAGCAUCCGCCGCUGCGGCCACUCGGACAGCUUCUUCUUCAUGGAGCUCGGCCGCUCCGCCGCCACCGGGCCCGGCGAGCUGUGGAUGCAGGCCGACGACGCCGUGGUGGCGCAGAGCAUCCACGAGACCAUCCUGGACGCCAUGAAGGCCCUGCGCGAGCCGGCCGAGGUGCGCCCGCGCAGCAAGAGCCAGUCCUCCUCCUCCUCUUCCUCCUCCGGGGGCUUCUCGGCUGUGGGCAGCCGGCCCAUCUCGGUGCCCGGGCGUCGCCAUCACCACCACCACCACCACCCUCCCUUGGGUGCGCUCCCCCCCAGCCAGAUGGGCAUCUUGCGCCGCUCUCGCACUGACACCCUGGCCGUGGCGGGAGGAGGUGGCAGCAGCCGGGCACGGACGUCCAGCGAGGGUGACUCGCUGGCUGGCAGCCCUCUCAGCCCCGAUGCGGGGCACGGUCCGCUCAGUCGCUCGCACACGCUGGGGGUCUCUGCCGGGCGGGCGGGCCUGAGCCACUCAUCCUCCAUGAUCUCCAAGUUGGCCUCCGGCUCUCCGAACAGCCCCGCCCUUUUCGUGGCCCUCGAGGACUUCAGCUCCAGCCCUGGGGGGGAUCCCCGGGCGUUCUCAUCCUCCUCCACGGCCAGCAACCACAGCGGCACCCCCGAGACUCCUCCCGGCCAGCAGCUGGACGGCUACAUGGCGAUGGAGCCGGGCCGCCUCUGCUACCGCCCUUACCUGCUGGACGGUGCCAGAGUGGACAAGGCGCCCCGGAAGCGCACUUACUCCCUGACCACGCCGGCACACCAGCGCCCCGUGCCCCUCCCGCUUUCUUCCGCCUCCCUAGAUGAGUACACGCUCAUGCGGGCCACUGUUCCCACAGUGGGUGCCUCUUCGAGGACGACCUAUAACCCUUACCCGGAGGACUACUGUGACCUGGAGAUCGGCUCGGGGGGCACCAGCAGUAGCAGCAGCUCCCAUCUUGGCCCCAGUGGGAGUGGGGAGGAAGGUUAUAUGACCAUGAGCCCGGGGAUGGCGUUGGCCUCGCUGGGGCAGUCUGGCCCAAGUCCUUACAUGCCUAUGAGCCCCACCAGUGUGUCUGCCCCACAGCAGAUCCUGCAGCCCCGCCCUUACAAGACCAGUAGCGAGAGCUCUCCUGACGACAGUGGCUACAUGCUCAUGUGGGGUCCUGGCGCCCGGCUGUCUGGCGAGAGCCCUGACGGCCAGCUGCUCAACGGCGACUAUAUCAACAUGUCUCCUUUGCCGCACGGGCCUUCUGCUGCUUCUGCUUCACCUCUGCCUUCCCCUGAUGGCUUUGGCGCUCUUGGGCCUGCGGCCCGGACCAGCUGCUUGGGUGGCCCGUUGCCCUAUGCCUGCCGGAGCCAGCCAAACUCUCAGGGCAAGGAGAGGGACAGGGACCAGUACAUGCAUAUGAACUCACGAGCGGGAAUGCUGAUCCAUGCCCCGAAAGGGGUGCCGUUCCCUGCCCCUUCCAACCCCGUUGUGCUGCCUUCGCCCAUGUGCCACAGCCAGACAGAGAGCUGUCUCAGCCAGCGGGCAGGGUUGCUCAGUCGUGGUGGCUUGCAGCCCAUUCGCCGAUCUUUGGGGGCUUUGUUGCCCGGCAGGAGUGAGGAACCUCUUCCACGUAAUAUCCAAAGCCUCAGUGGGGAAUAUGUCAGCUUGGGCUACUCCGUUGCACCAGCUGGUGGCCUUUGCUCAUUUGACUCUGGAUUGGCUGGGCAUCCCGGCUCUCUUUCCAACUACAUAAACCUCAAGUUGAACGGGUUGAACUUGGACUUGGCCUCGGUGGGGUCCAUGGAAGAUGGCCUCUCAUCGGGAUCCUGCCCCAGCCCUGGGCAACCAGACGAGCAUUAUCUCAAGAUGGAGACGGGCGUGGCUUGCCUUUCUAGCCCGUCGUCUGAGGCAGGGGACUAUGCCGAGGUGGAUUUUUCACUCACAACCACCCCGCCUCAGCCCAUUUCACACAAGCUGGAGAGUCCUCGCGUCCCCAGCCCCGUAGCCGGCUUGAAGCGACUCACAAUCUCUGGGAUGGAAGCCUUUCUUUUUGCCAAUGCUCCUCCCGACCCCAACCACGGAGCCAAAGUCAUCCGGGCGGAUCCUCAGGGGCGCCGGAGGCACAGUUCCGAGACGUUCUCUUCCACUACCACCGUGACCCCAGUUUCGCCUUCCUUCGCGCACGUCCCCAAGCGGCCCAGCUCCGCUUCUGUGGAGAAUGUGUCCCUCAGGAAAAACGAAGGCUUUGUGGAGGAGCAGAAUAGCAGCCCCAUGUGCCGAGAGACCUCAGCCGGCUUCCAGAACGGCCUCAACUACAUUGCUGUCGAUGGGGAGGAAGACCACCUGGGAAACGGCAGCCCUGGCAAGUCCAAGACGAGGCACCCCCUCAACGGAAGCAUCAGUGACUCUUACGCCAGUAUGGACUUCUUGGCUCACAACGUGAAAGAAGCCACUUCUGUGAAAGUUUGUUAGAAUUCUUACCAUCUUGAUCCCAGAGAACAAGAGACCCAAUCGAAUGAAAAACAAAUAAUUUUACCACCACGACCUAGAUGUCCCCCAUUUUCAAAAGCUGCUCGGUUAGAAUUUUUUUUACAAAAUUUUAAAACCUGAAGCUGCUUUAUGGUCUCUUCUAUUCUAUUUGAUGUAGCUUUAUAUAUUGUAGGGAAAGCAGCCUGUCUAGUUCACUGGGAUGCGUUGCAACACCGUGCUGCCGUUUGCAUAAACCGUGCUUCAAAUAAUAACCUUUUCAGACUUCGAACCUCUUCAGUGAGCUGUUUUUAUUGUAUACACGUGGCCGUUCACCUUGUCAACACUGACGAACUGUAUUUAUUGAUCAGUACGGUAGGAGAUUCGACUUUCACCUGCUCCAGCAGUAAAGUCUGGUGUUUACUGGCAUCCUCUCAAAUCUACUACAGCACUACCUCAGUUAAAAGUGAAACUGGAUUUGUAUUGCUGGUGUACAAUUUCUGGGAUCUCUCCUGUAUCUCUGAGCUGAGUGUGGAACAAUCGUCAGCCUUAUUUAAAAAGUCAAGAAUCCUGCUGCUAGCUAGCCGGGGUGGUUCUCACUCACUGGCUGCCGCGUUUCCUUAUCAGAAAAGGCCCAAGAUGGGAGCUGGAAAGGUUAAGCCAAAACUUGUUAGCUUAGUCUUUUAUCAAGAUACUUAUAAUAACUAUAAAUUAACUAAUGGGAGCAACAGAGUUUAAUAUCAUUAAAACAGUAUUUGGUUGUCA